CUCAUUUCCUCCUCCAGGAGAAGGCCGAGUGCCAUUUCUUCAACGGGACGCAGCGGGUGCGGUUCCUGGAGCGGCACUUCUACGACCGGCAGGAGAUCGACUACUUCGACAGCGACCUCAGGAAAUAUGUGGCCGUCACUCCGUUGGGGCAGCCCUUUGUGGACAACUGGAACAGCGAUAAGGUCAUCAUGCAGAUCAAGAGGGCCGAAGUGGAUUCCUUCUGCCGACACAACUACGAGGGUCUCCAGAGAGAUUCCGUGGUUGGCCGGAGAG